AUUAUCUACCGCUACAUACUAAUUUUUGAGAACCAUUUCGAUAAGAUGAAUGAAUAUCCCGAGGAUAAAUAGAAAAAAUGGAAUAUAAAACUUAAAAUGCUCCACAGAAAACGGAAAGAUUUUAUUGAUAUAAAGUACGCAGUGUACAUUGAAAUGUUCCACUUUGUUACCUCCAAACAAUUCUAGGCGCUACACGGUCGUGCUGCUACUGAGUCGUAAAGGAAUAAGGAAUACUGAAUUAUUCGGCGAGAUAUGGAGAGUACAAUCGAUGGUAGUGCUACCCCAUCUGCAAAUGCUGUACCACACCUGUCAAAAACAGUGUCAUAUAUAUGUGGAGAAUGCCGAGCUGAAAAUGAAAUCCGACCCAGGGAACUCGUUCGUUGCCUCGAAUGUGGACACAGAGUUCUUUAUAAGAAGCGUUCCAAAAGAAUGAGCGUUUUCGAGGCCCGAUGAUAAUACCUAUUCAAUUGUUGAUAAACUUAUAUUCGAUUUUGUAAAUACUCUGUGAAAUAUAGAUACUUUUUUCAACAAAUUUAUUAUCAAGCUGUACAAUGGUAUAUAUACGG